UAUUGACCCCAGAGGUACUUCCGGGACACGGAAGUGACCCGUCGCCCCGCCUCUUCCCGCCCUCUCUUUCCGGUGGCGGAGUCUGGUAGCGGCAGCGCGCAGAAAUGGCACCUCGCAAGGGGAAGGAAAAGAAGGAAGAACAGGUCAUCAGCCUUGGACCACAGGUGGCUGAAGGAGAGAAUGUGUUUGGUGUCUGCCACAUCUUUGCAUCCUUCAAUGACACUUUUGUCCAUGUCACUGAUCUUUCUGGCAAAGAAACCAUCUGCCGGGUGACUGGUGGGAUGAAGGUGAAGGCUGAUCGAGACGAGUCCUCUCCAUAUGCUGCCAUGUUGGCUGCUCAGGAUGUGGCCCAGAGGUGCAAGGAGUUGGGCAUCACUGCCCUACAUAUCAAACUUCGGGCCACAGGAGGAAACAGGACCAAGACACCUGGACCUGGAGCCCAGUCAGCCCUUCGGGCCCUCGCUCGCUCGGGUAUGAAGAUUGGGAGGAUUGAGGAUGUCACCCCCAUCCCCUCUGACAGCACCCGCAGGAAGGGAGGUCGCCGUGGUCGUCGUCUGUGAACUGGACUCCUCAAAUUAUUUUCUGUUAAUAAAUUGCCUUCCUGUGUGCUACUUAAA